AGGUGUAUGCCAAUAUUGGACAGUCAAUACACACAAUGAGUUUAUUUGGGGCUGUAUGUUCGGGCAGACCCAUUCAAAUGGCCCAACAGGUUGAGAAUACAAAGUAUGUGAUUACCAUACCCAAUGCAUCCAACGUCUCGUAUAUUACAAUAUUCCUACUCCCAAAUUCCUCAUUCACAGAUACAAAUUAUACAGCAUUGGUAUAUUUCCAAUUGCCCAAUAGUCAAGAAUAUAAAUUACUUGGAGGCAUUGGCCCCAAUAAACCUUCUGCUAUCUAUAAAUUGAACAACAAUGCUACCAAAGUCAACAAUCAAUCUGAUGAAAUAGACAUGGAUAUGGGAGAAGGACCGGUUGAUUCGGCUGAUACUACUACAAUAAACAUUGGAAUAUCAAUUGAGCCUAGUGAGCUCGCUAGUCAAUUGAUUGAGCAGGCAAAAGUCAGUCAAACUUCUGCUUUGGUUGUUGCACCCAAACCUGUCCCUCGUGCUCCAAACGAUACAGCGCAAUUGGCCAAUAAGAUUGUAGGGCAUGCAUAUAACUUUUUGGGUAGUUUUGUAGACACAUCAGGUAAGGUACCUAUAAAAGCAUUUGACAAUUGGUGGGAUAAAUUUAAAAUGAAAUUGCAAAAUAAUCCAAAUUUUUUGGAAGAAUUGCAAGAGUAGACAAUUAGAAUAUUAGUUUGGUUAGCAACUGAAUACAUAUUGUAAUUACAACUGGUUUAAACCCCGAAACAUACAGAGAUAAAGUUUGGCUCGUGCAUAGCAUUGGCUGAUCUUACGCGCAGGAACGUAACGUAACCAGAUAGUUUAGGGAGGGAUCAGCUGCAAGAUUUGUUGGCUGCCAUAAUUUUUUUUUCCACUGAUCCAAUUGAUAUGAGACAGAUAUGGAACAAAGUGAUCUCGGAAAAAGGACCAUCAUUAGCACAUCUGCAGAUGAGACAUGUGUGAUGCUUUUUUUGUGCCUUUCUUCCAGGACGGCAAACGCAAUAGUUCAAAAAGAAAUGUGUGUCCUUAUUGUUGCACCACUUGGCAAAAGUGAUGACCAUAUGACGAGGGGGAUCGGGGGGGUUUGAAUGGCAUGACGUAGGAUCACAC